CACACAUUUAAAUGGAGAAAGGUACAGGGGGAGGGGGAGGGAGAGGGAGGCAGUUGUAAUCUUACCAGCUUUGGAUACAUGAGUUGUGAUUUUACUGGUGGUGCCAUUUGCAAUUCCAGACUGUAUGAGCGAGAUCUAGGGUUUCAUAGAAUUUGAAUUUUUUUGGCAGUGUUUUGAAAAGUGGAAGGCUGUUGGCGUUACUCUGCUGAGGCCGUGGUAAAGGGGGGCUUGAAUUCAAUUGGGGGUAUUAAUGAAUUUAUAGGGAUGGAGUCAUGGUCGAUUUCGGAAUUCAUACGGGAGGAAGUUGGAGAUUGGGAUGACGAGGUGAAGGCGAGUGCAAGAUUCAAGGCGUUCAGUGGACAGAGGUCCGAUUGGGAGCCAAAGUUGGAGUUCUGGAAGGACUUGAUUCUUAAGGUGGCUCGCCAUCUAGGUGUCUUCCUCAUUCGACCUUCCGAGGUAAAGAACGUUUGGUUCAACCGAGGAGGCUUAACCCCUCUAUGCCUUGAUCAUGUACUGUUUGAAAUGUAUAAUGCUGGUGAUGUUUUGCAAAGAGGGGAGCUAGUGGACCCAAUGAGUGGGCGACUCUCCCAGAUUUUUAGAAGAGUUAGACAUCUGGUGGGUUUAUCUAGACCAUCAACUCCAGAAGAUAUCAUUGAAGGUCAUCUCAUUCUUUUGACACUAUUAAAGGAUAAGGCCAUUGAGAUUGUUGAAGGUUUAUCUGAAAACCAUUGGACUUCUUCGUGCAUCAUUACAAUGAGGAAGUUCCAAUACAUCUGCGGAGGAUCGGAGGAGGCAUCUGCAAUCUUGAGUUACUUGUCAGGUUGUGGGAAAGCGCAGUACCUUGCAAUCAAUAGGAAGGAAUUCAUAGAGGGUGUGAAAGUCUCUCUUUCAGCAGCAGCUAUUUCUGGUUUUACAAGUUUAGAUUAUGAUGAUCUGCACUUGAUUUGGACAGCAGAAAAACUACAGAAACAGCUUGAUGUUAUUGACAGACGCUGUAAAAUGUUGAGAAAUUCUGCUUUAGGUUCUCUGAAAUCUGGGAACAGAAAAGUUGCAUUGAGGCGUGCAAGGGAAAUGAAAUUAGCCUCUGAAAGUAGAGAAAAUUGUGUAGCACUUUUGAACCGAGUGGAGGAAGUCCUCAGAGUUAUUGCUGAUGCUGAAUCCUCGAAAAAGGUUUCUGAAGCUAUUCAGAUUGGUGCACGAACAAUAAAAGAAAAUGGGAUGAGCAUUGAAGAAGUUCAACUCUGCUUACAAGAACUUGAUGAGAGCAUUGAUUCACAGAAGGAAGUUGAUGAAGUUCUAGAAUCAACUCCAUCAUACACAAGGAUUGAGGAUGAAGAUAUUGAAGACGAGUUUAAGAACCUAGAGUUGGAAGUUGGUAGUGAAUCUUUCCAAGAUCCCAUCUCCAUAGUUGGAUUGGGUAGUUCAGCAGGAGAAACCGAGGUUCCAGAAACUACCGAAAUGCUUGGCGAUGCUUUAUCAAAUCUCAAACUUGCUGAUGGUACCGCACGCAUGGAAUUUGUGACGCAACAUUCUAAGCAAUCAGUCGGGAACAAGUUAUCAGCAGAUCUUGAGCGUGACACUGCUUAGUGAAAUUUUUUCCUGUCAUGAUCAGUCUCGUUAUGAUACUUGCCCAGUUGAAACUCACUUCUACUCUGCUGAAAAUAUUGACCAAAUUAAAAUUUUGUGGUCCAGAUGUAGAUUUGUAUAUUUUUGCGGUGUUGGUAGAGUACAAAAUGUGUUAAAUGUUUCAUGUUUACAGACCAUCAAAUUAGGCGAUAAAUUUAAAAGAAAUUUAGAUGGGAGAAUAUUUUAAUCAUCUUUAAAUAUCUAGAAUGUCACAAAUAAUUCUGCAUUUUCUUCUUUAAAUUCAUGAUCUUGUAAAAUCUUUUUUAGUAUGCAUAAUUGAGAAGUCAUUUUCCUAUUUUA